AUGUAUAGUCAUGGCCCUGCGCUUGCGGGCACGUUCUGUAACGUCACCUUGUUCGGAAUCCUAUUGAGCCAAGCAUUUUUUUACUUCACGACAUUUACAAGGGACAAGCUUGGAAUCAAGCUAUUCGUCGCAAUCUUACUUCUUGCAGAUACGGUCAACUGUGUAUUUGACAUAUGGUGGAUUUACGACAUAUUGGUCAAUCGUUUCGGUACACGCGACCCUUCCCCUAUUCUAUAUACUCUCUGGCAUCGUUGGUACUAUGUCGCAACUAACCAUCAUGCAGUAGGUGGGAUUGGUACCGCGAUAGCCAUUCGAUUUAUUCCCGAGUUCACACAAUAUCAACGAUUCAGGGCUGUAGUCAUUGUCUGGCUCAUCUCUGCAGCAGCAUGCGAUACGGCUAUAACUAUAUCUCUGACCUGGAACCUGCGGCGGCACAAGACAGGUUUCGCAGCUACCGAUAGGCUGGUCGAUAAGAUUAUAAGGACGACCGUGCAGAAUGGUCUCAUAACAUCCAUUUGGGCAAUCAUGGACUUGGUGGUGUACCUGUCCACGGUGACCAUUCGCAGACAUCUCGCCUUCAACUUUCCUCUCGGUAAACUUUACUCCUGCACGUUGAUGUCAACAUUGAACUCGCGAGCUGGAGGAGGAUAUGAACGUUCCCGCAUAAUAGCCAGCACAACAGAUUCGCUGGCAAAGGUGAACUGCCGAUCCUUCUGGCUUGUUUUGCCCAGCCUUGAUUGUUGUUCCAACGUGCAGGCAAACGUACUGACGUAUGAACAGCCCCGCAUUACCAAUCCAGAGGUAAGUGCCUCAUUUAUCAGCUCUGAUCCCCGUAUGCUGCUGAUGCAUGCUGCUUCCAGGUGUUCGUUGAUGUGGAGAGUCAUAAGCUUGCCGUCAUUGGUGCAAGCCAGUAUUGAACAGAACGGUGUUGCAUCCUCAUCUAGGCCAUCCUCGUUGUGCCUGUUCUCACCAGACAUCGAAAUCAAUGGAUUGCCACUCGUCGUGACCUGCCUGAUACGAUAA